GCGAGGGCCCAAGUAUUCUGCAAGUUGGAUUGGAGGAGACACUCGCCAGCUUCCUGGUGGCGGGGAUGGCCCUUACCUCAUCAUCCUUCUUCUUCAUCCUCGCUGUGGCCUGCAUCUCAGUUCCACUCUCAAAUUCGAUACCCUUUAUAGUUCUCCAUGGUAUUGGAGAUCAGUGUUCCAACCAUGGAGUAGCACAAUUCACUGAACUGCUGUCCAAAUACUCUGGUGUGAAAGGAUAUUGCAUAGAAAUAGGUGAUGGAACAUGGGAUUCUUGGUUUAUGCCUCUCCAGGAGCAGACUGAGAUUGUUUGCAAAAAGGUGAAGGAAAUGAAAGAAUUGAGUGAAGGAUACAACAUCGUCGGGCUUUCUCAGGGUAACUUGAUUGGCCGAGGUGUUGUGGAGUAUUGUGAAGAAGCACCCCCUGUUAAAAACUUCAUAUCCUUAGGAGGCCCGCAUGCUGGCACUGCUUCAGUUCCUCUAUGUGGUUCAGGCAUCUUAUGCAUCCUUGCAGACGCACUCAUCAAGGCAGAGAUCUACAGUGAUUAUGUUCAAACACACUUGGCUCCUAGUGGUUAUCUUAAAUUGCCAAAUGCUAUACCUAAAUAUUUAGAUAAAUGUAGAUUUCUUCCUGUGCUGAAUAAUGAACUUCCAGAUGGGAAAAACGCCACUUUUAAGGAGAGAUUCAGUAGCUUGCAGAAUUUAGUGCUUAUUAUGUUUGAGCACGACACUGUUUUGAUACCUAAGGAAACUGCCUGGUUUGGAUAUUACCCAGAUGGGUCCUUCAGUCCGGUCGUACCCCCCCAAAAGACAAAACUUUACAUAGAGGAUUGGAUAGGCUUAAGAAAGUUGGAUGAAGAAGGAAGGGUUCAGUUCAUUAGUGUGGAGGGAAGGCAUUUAGGAAUCUCAAGAGAGGAUAUGAAGAAACAUGUGGUUCCAUAUCUGAAGGAACAGACAUCUGCAAGAAUCUCCAGCAUGAGACUUAGGCCUUAUUUGAGGUUGAAGGAGAAGCCAUGAUCGGCCACCCCCUUGAUCACUGUAAGUUGCUGUGGAAAGCAAAUAUAAAUGCAGUACAUGAUAGGGGAAGGAAAAUGGUACAACUAGUCUCUUGCAGACAACCCUACGAAAGUAAGAAUUAAAGACAGGAAAUGGUAUGUGAGAGCUCUUUAUAUGCGUUUUUUUCCCCAACGUGUAAAUUUGCGACCUGAUUUGACAUUGAUGCUAUGAUUUUAUUUUAUGCCGUGUCUAGUUUGCUAGGCUGUGGAAGGCUGGAAUGGGAAUGGCAAUGGAAAUGAUAACUACCUGAACUUCUAUGCAUGUUUUUUUUUUUUUUGGUUAGUUUUAUUGUCACGUGUGCAAAUGGAGAUUCUAUCUGAAAUGAGAAGAAAGUAAUCAUGGCA